AUGGAUGGGGACGAGCUGAUCGCCUCGGUCUUCCGCAAGAUCGAGCGGGAGAAGGCCCUCAUUACCGCUGCCAGUAACAUGCGGCAGUCGACCGACAAUCCCCUCGUGCAACAGAGAGUCGAUGCCAACAUCCGCGAUGGCCGCAAAAAUAUCGCUUACCUGGAGGAGAAAAUGAGAGAAUUACAAAUCCGUCAAAUGAAUCAGGAAGGUGGCUCACCCGGCCAGCGUGGAGGCCCGGCCCCCCCGCCCAAAGACCACGGAUACGCUGGGGAGCAAGGUGAUGGCCACUACCCUCAGGGUGGUGCUGGCUCGAUGCCUUCUGGUGCCCCAUUCGCUGACCCCCGACCUUACGCUCCGAUCCCUAAGGCGAGGCCCAAUUACACAAAGCUAGAUCUGAUCAAGUAUGACACUCCAUACCUCGGACCGAAGAUUCAACUCAUGCUGUCUCAAUUGGAGUUCAAGCUGAGCGUAGAAAUGCAAUAUAAAGCCGGUAUCGAAAAGAUGGUCCGGCUGUACCAGGAUGAGGGCGACCGGAAGAGCCGAGCUGACGCUGAGGGCCGUCGCAUUGAGAGUAACCAAAAGAUUCAGCUUCUAAAGCAGGCGUUGAAGCGAUACGAGGAUCUUCAUGUUGAUAUUGAAUCCGCCGAUGCACCAGACGAUGAGAGUCUUAGCGCCCCGAACAUGCGCAAGCCGCUGACCGGUCUGCUGACGAUGCGCAUCCAUGGAGUCAAGGACGUGGACCAUGCGGCCAGUUCGCGAUUUUCUCGAGGACCGGAGACAUACAUUGUCGUCAAGGUUGAAGACACGAUCAAAGCGAGAACCAAGGCCACCCGAAACGAUAAAUGGCUGGACGAAAGCUUUUCUAUGGAUAUCGAUAAGGCAAACGAGAUCGAAUUGACUGUCUAUGACAAGUCAGGAGAUCGUCCAGUACCGAUCGGUAUGCUUUGGGUGCGCAUUUCUGAUAUCGCAGAGGAGAUGCGUCGUAAGAAAAUCGAGACGGAGCUCAACGCAUCUGGCUGGGUAUCUGCAGAUAAGAUGGGCGAUGGCGGAUCUCCUCGACACGACCACGCCGGCUCUCCUAUGGGCUCUUCACAUGGCCCUAGCCCCGGAGGACGCCCGGGCACCUCGGGACAUGGUGCACAUGGACACCAUGGUGGCGAGAGCUCAAAUGCUCCCCCGUCUGUGACGAUUGAUUCAUGGUUUGCCCUGGAACCGGUUGGCCGAGUUCAGCUUCAAAUGAGCUUCGCCAAACAACUGAAGGACCGCCGUCCCUUUGAUAUUGGUCUUAACCGUCAAGGUGCCGUGCGUCAAAAGAAGGAGGAGGUUCACGAGAAGCAGGGUCAUAAGUUCGUCACCCAGCAGUUUUACAACAUUAUGCGAUGUGCACUGUGUGGAGAAUUCCUCAAGUAUGCUGCCGGUAUGCAAUGUGCGGACUGCAAGUACACCUGCCACCGCAAGUGUUACUCCAAGGUUGUCACCAAGUGUAUCAGCAAAGCCAACUACGAGACCGAUCCGGACGAGGAGAAAAUCAACCACCGCAUUCCCCACCGAUUCGAAGGCUUCUCCAACAUCUCCGCGAACUGGUGCUGCCACUGUGGCUAUCUGCUUCCGUUUGGACGCAAAAAUGCCAAGCGCUGCUCUGAAUGUAGUCUUACCUGUCACGCUCAGUGCACUCACCUUGUGCCCGAUUUCUGUGGAAUGACGAUGGAAGCCGCCAACCAAAUUAUCGAGACAUUGAUUCGCACCAAGCAUCAUAACAAGUCUGCCUCUGUUAGUUCUGGCCUCAGCAACCGUACCCUCCGAGCAGGCGGCCCGCCGCAGCCCGCUCAAGACAACGCUGCCCUCUCCUACCCCCAAAAGCCGAUGGAAGGACCCUACGGGGUUAUUCCUAGACAACCCUCCGCAGAAGCGGCUGCACAGCGCCAACAGAUGGCACCGAAAUCGCCCACAGGACCUGCCGCCGCCGCCGCCGCUGCCGCCGCAGCUACCGGGCUCCGUAGCCCCCAGCAACCCCCAACCGAAAUGGGCCGUCCCAUGCCACCACCCCAGGCACCUGCGCAGCCUCAACACGCCCAUUACGACCCAUCCGCUUAUGCCAAUUUCCCGCAACAGCCUCCACCCCAGGCUAUGCAGAAGGUGCAGCCUGCGGCUUAUCCAAUGGCGCCGCCUCCUCAGCCCAUUCAGCAACCCAUUCCCCAACAACAGCAAGUUGCAUCUCCUAUCAAGGAGGACGCUGCAGCGCAGGCAAAGGCUCGCAUCGGAUUGGAUCACUUCAAUUUCCUUGCUGUUCUCGGAAAAGGUAAUUUCGGAAAGGUCAUGUUGGCUGAGACAAAGAGCUCCCGCAAGUUGUAUGCCAUCAAGGUGUUGAAGAAGGAAUUCAUUAUCGAGAACGAUGAAGUGGAGAGCACCAAGUCCGAGAAGCGUGUUUUCUUGAUCGCAAACAAGGAACGUCACCCAUUCCUUGUCAACUUGCACGCUUGUUUCCAAACUGAAACUCGUAUCUAUUUCGUCAUGGAGUAUAUCAGUGGUGGUGAUCUCAUGCUGCACAUUCAGCGUGGUCAAUUCGGCCUCAAGAGGGCACAAUUCUAUGCCGCCGAGGUCUGCUUGGCACUUAAGCACUUCCACGAGAACGGUGUCAUCUACCGUGACUUGAAACUUGAUAACAUUUUGCUGACCCUGGAUGGUCACAUCAAAAUUGCCGAUUAUGGUCUUUGCAAGGAGAACAUGUGGUAUGGUGGCACAACAAGCACGUUCUGUGGUACUCCUGAAUUCAUGGGCCCAGAAAUUUUGCUGGACAAGAAGUAUGGACGGGCUGUGGAUUGGUGGGCAUUCGGUGUUCUCAUCUACCAGAUGCUUUUGCAGCAGUCUCCGUUCCGUGGUGAAGAUGAGGAUGAAAUCUACGAUGCCAUUCUUGCCGACGAGCCUCUCUACCCCAUUCACAUGCCUCGUGACUCCGUGUCGAUUCUCCAGAAGCUAUUGACUCGUGAGCCCGAGUUGCGUCUGGGCUCCGGUCCCACCGAUGCUCAGGAAGUGAUGUCUCAUGCCUUCUUCCGCAACAUCAACUGGGAUGACAUCUACCACAAGCGGGUUCCCCCGCCAUUCAUCCCCACAAUCAGCAGUCCCACCGAUACCAGCAACUUCGACCAGGAGUUCACCAGUGUGACUCCAGUCCUGACGCCUGUUCAAUCCGUACUUUCGCAAGCCAUGCAGGAAGAAUUCCGUGGAUUCUCUUACACUGCUGACUUUGCUUGA